ACCGCAAUGAACAACUCAACAAGUGGAAAACUUGACGCUGAAUUUUCUCAAAUAUUUCGCAUUGGUACAUCAAUGUUUUCUGUUCUCUUGAUUGUGGGAACAAUAUUCGGGAAUUCACUGGUGAUCGCUGCGUUCGUAACAUUCUCUCGACUUCGAACAGCUACCAAUUAUUUCGUGGUGUCUCUAGCUGUAACUGAUCUCUGUGUAGCGGUGUUCUCUAUGCCUGUCUUGGUAGCGUAUGUUUUAACGGGUCCUUCCUGGGUUCUUGGAGAUCUACUGAAUCAGAUCUGGACUGUCAUGGAUGUAUUGUCUGGUACAGCCUCAAUAGCCAAUUUAGUGGCAAUCAGUCUAGACAGAUGCCUUUGUAUUAACAAGCCUUUUAAAGCUGCGAAAACUCUUGCUGUCGUAGUGGGUGCUUUUGUAAUUUGCUGGCUUCCAUUUGUGGUAAUCAACGCGAUUUACAGCAUAUGCGAUGAUUGUCCGUACAUAAGCACAAUCCCUAUUCUAGUUACCAAAUGGAUGCAUUAUGGGAACUCUCUGCUAAACCCACCGAUAUACGGGUUUUUGAACAAGGACUUUCGCGUUGCUUUGAAACAUUUCAUUUGCUGUUGUGAACAGYCUCAAAUCGGCGACCAUUUUAAUGGCGACCAUUUUAAUGAAAAUGCAAAUGGACAGUCAAGAACUAUACCGCCGCAUGUCUUGGAAUUACAUAACCAUUGAUAUCACGUCCCUUGAUAGAUACAAUAUGUAUGAUGCUGUKUUACUUGUCGUACGUGGUAGUCUAUGAUGACGAGAAUGUCAAAACCUUUUACUUGUGAUUAUUAGAGUAAUAUAUCAACGCAAUGAUCUUUGUUUUUGUUUACUACAUUUUCUCACUGUCUUCCGAGAUAUUCAAAGUGACUGCAUCUAAACCAUCAACUACAUAAAUAAAUACACAAAACCACACAGAGAAGAUAAACUGUAGAUUAACGGCCCAAGAAAGAAACUAACACAUCUGACAGUCUAUGACAGUACAUGUUUAUCGGCCCUUCACAAGCUAACAUAUCUAUGAUUAUCCCACUGGAACAUCUUGGCGUCUCUUCUUAAAGGACCGUAUGCUCUCUAUUGUCUUAUUUACAGGUACUCUUUUUGGAGUAUUUUAAAAGUCCCUAGACAGUCAACGCGCUAUUUGGGUGCUGUGUUUAAUCUAUUAUCUCCUAUUAUCUGACUUAGAUACGACUUGAAAGUCAUUUGCUCUACUGAUCAGCGAUGACAUAAUKCGGGUAUGUUAAGGAUUAUGAAAAGAUACUGCAUUUCUUUCGAUUUUCCCCUUUCAUAUUAUAAGAAAACAGACGCGAGUACUUGAAAUGUGUUAAAUAAAAGAGGCAAUCGAGAAUUACACACGUGCGACGUGACAGAAGAAGUCUCUAUCACCACGUGGUCUAUAGUGAUUUGCUAAGCGUUAUGAAACAGGGACAGAAAUAUUUAGACAAUAAAAACUGCUUAACAACGCAAUGCCUCUUCACUUUAAUUAUAGCGCCCUUUAUCAAAUUGCAAACAAAGAUCUCUAUGAAUUUCAGRCACUGCCUUGCAUUCCUAUGAGUAGUAUUAAAUUCAGUAAGAACUGAAAUGCCGGUCAUGUAA